GAGUGGGGUUAGCCAUCUUGCUGUACGGCGUCGGCUGAGAUAGAGUGCUUGAGGGGUAGACUCACUCGCGAGUCAUUUCGGGAGGAAGGAAAAGUCUCGCCCCGAUGUCCGAAUGACGCACUUCCGAGGGCGGUGUGUCGUUGCUGGGCGGGAGUUUUGAACCCAACCCUCGGUCAAUUGCUGAAGCGACCGUAGUGAGUUUUUAGCAGGCCCCCAGGCAAGUCGUGAAACUGGCUGCGUCUACACAGCGAUUGAGCCGCUCGAGUCUAAAGACCGCUGCCGUUGCCCUCGGGAGCCCUUAGAAUCCCCUUUCCUCCUGAUUGGGGCUCCGGCCUGCCUCCUGAAUUUCUCACCCGUAAGGGAGAGACAGAGCAUGGGGUGGCUUAUCCGGUCAUCUCAGCAGCUUCAAAAAUAGAAACAACAAGCGAAGCGGUGGUAGGAAUAGCAUACAUUCAUUCGCCACAACAGUUCCGAAAAUAAUUUCCAGGCUCCCUGGUUUCGGAGGUCGCUGUUCUUUCGCAAUUCUUAAAGAGAGCCGCGAGGUCCUUUGCCAGCUCAAACGAGGAAGAAAUUGCCCCCCUUCUAGAACCAGAGAAGAAAAUCUUGUGUGAUUAUUAUUUUUGGCUUUUUGAAAUUGAAAGUAAAAAAUGGACAAAAUUGCCAUUUCCUCUACAAAUGGUACAUUAUCUCAUUUGGAAAUGUUGGAGGAUUCUGCCCGCAACGUAACACUGAAACAAGGGGAAAUAAAGAAGCAUAAGGAGAAGAUAUUAAAGAUGAAAAUGAAGAUCCUGGAGCUGAGAUGUCAAAGAGAUGAGUUAAAAACCAAAUUAAAUGUUUGUCGAUCACAGUUCACUCUAGGCAAAGAUGCUAUGAAAAACAGUUUGCAAGUUUCUAAGGCUACAACAACAAGCCAACAGGCCUUAGGGUGGAAGAUAGAGAAUGCCAAGGGUGUGCUAGAACUUUUUCAUCUGACAGGCCUAAGUGCAAAACUGACAGAGCAUGGAGUCUCCUUUUGCAUCAGCACUGCCUUUGAAGGAACUUAUCUAGAUUCCUAUUAUUUAGACAUCCUUAUACAGAAGCCACUCCAGAUUCAACACCAUUCAAUCCCAGUUUUCAUACCUCUGGAGCAAAUAGCUCAUGAGCAUUUGCAGAAAGACAUUAAGUGCUUCCUGUCUGUACUCUCAGAUCAUCUGAACGCUUAUGAUAGAAGGAAAUUCCAGGUAGACCAAUUACAGGAACGUUUUGCCAUUUUUCUUGAAGGAUGCAUGAAAGGAAAUUCUUUGUACAAUCAGUUGGCAUUUAACUACCGUGUAACAGAAGAUGGAAAUUUUCCAUUUACAGCAAAGAUCAUAUAUGGAAAUCACAUAAAUGCCCUCCCAACCAAGGUCACUGUUGUAUGUAAAGCUAAAAAUGCACCAGUUUCUGUGGACGAGAUGGCAGCAGCUCAUUUGGCGUUGUUCUAUGAGAAGCCUCUUCAAGAUGUCUUUAUUUCUAUCACAGCCUCAGCUGAAAAUCUGAAUCAACCUAUUGCAGCCGUAUCAUCUUUCUGUUCCAUAUCUGGUAGCAAAAAUGUUCCCUCUGAGGUUGCUGCAUUAUAAAUUCCACCAAGGCUACAUCAAAAGAACAAAGAGCUGUUCCAAAUUGAUGGAGCAGAGACUCUGAAGUAAGACCAAGGAUUGCAGGAUAGCUAGUCUACUUUGCAUCCUGUCCUACCCAAGGCCCUUAGUAGCAUGAAUAAAUUAUUUAAUUCUCCCACCUCAUCUCACUUAUGAUGACUUUUGUUCUCUAUAGCAUUGAACAUCUCCUAUUUUCAAAAAUAUUGUCUUACAUUUUUUAAAACUGUAGAUAUAAUAGUAUUCAAAGACUCAUACCCUCCUCCUUUAGGCUUGUCCUGCUUCCAUUACAACUCUCUUUACUUGAUUCUGGCCAAGCUCUGCAAAGAGGCAGUAUUUUCCACUGAAAUGUCUAACUUACCUAUGUGAAAUGAGAAAUUAUAUGUGGGAUUAUAUAAACAUCCGAUUUAGUAGGAUUAUCUGUGUGGAUUAAGAUUUUGUAUAUCUGAAAACGCUGCAAGAAGAUGAAUUUGGUCCUCUGGCACAUUUGUAUCAGUCUUUCACUCAAAGCUCCCAAAAUAGAUUACACAAUACAGUAGUGAGGAAAGCUGUUCUCAGUCUUGGCUCUGAUAUCACAUUUUCAGAAAUUAAAUAUAGAUUAAAAGGGGACAUGAUAUGAAAUUUCCUUUAUAUAUUCUAUAUUUGUACAUGUUUUAUUAUGCAAUAAAACUUUAAAAAAAGAACUAUCCUCUCUUGACUUAUUAUAAUUAAAUAUUCCAAUAGCAUAAUGGCACUCAGACAUCACUCUGAAAUCAGAAAUCAUUUCUUCCAAUAUGAUUAUUUAGCAUUCAACCCAAACAUGCACAUUUUCCCUUAGAGUGAAUGACACAACCCCCCUUUUUUCCCCAAAAUAAAACAAGAAACAGCAAUUUUAAAAUCAAACAAUCUAUUUGAGAAACUAAACAAAUUACAUAAUUUUUAUUUCAACGUAACAAUCAGAUGAAGGCUUUUAAUAAAACAGCCUUGGUUCAGGCUGUAUAAAUCUCUUCCUUUUAAAGCAUCAGCAAAGUUGAGGGCAGAAAGGGACGCAAGGCACAGCCUGAAACAGGCACCUUACUUUCACAAUUAAGAUGCAUUAAAAAUAUAAAGGUAUCUGUUCUCAUAUAUAUUAUCAUAUAUAUAUAUAUAUAUAUAUAU